AGAGUGUUGGUCGCCUGUGCCAAAUUCCGCUGCCCGGCGGCGAAUUUACUCCUCUCAGCCUCUACUUCUCGGGUUCGAGCUCAACCCGGCGGGCCACUGCUGCGACAAAGGACUAGCAAGGUUUCAUUGCGCUCAAUUGCUAUGUCUACCACACAAGCCUCAGAAGCAGCUGCUGACAAAGGAUUGCCUCUGGCAGUGGACGCUACCAUGAUUGAUGAGUAUGCCUCCCAGUCAAAGUUGCUGCAAGAAUUUGUUAAAAUCCCAACUAUUGGCAAGGCUUGGAUCUUCAAUUCCAAGGAUGACGACAUGUCCAAAGCAGUGGUUUCGAUUGGCAAAUCAGAUCUUUUGGCCAAUAAGAGGAGACAAUUCCUUUUGAAUACUCACAUUUCAAAGAGUCCCUCAAAGUCUGUCGAUUUUCAGUGGUCCCCCUUCCCUACUGAAAUAAGUGGAGUGUCAGCAAUAGUUCCAUCUCCAUCUGGAGAAAAACUUCUUCUAGUACGCAAUUCUGAAGAUGAUUCCCCUACAAAACUAGAGAUUUGGGGCCCAUGUCAGUUAGAGAAUGAGAUACAUAUUGCAAAAUCUGUUCAUGGAUCACUCUAUACUGAUGAAUGGUUUGAAGGGAUAUCAUGGAACCAGGAAGAGACUUUCAUAGCUUAUGUUGCCGAGGAGCCUCCUCAACCAAAGCCAGUGUUUAAUGAUUAUGGAUUCAAGAAGGAAGGUUUAUCAGAAAAGGACUGCAAGAGCUGGAAGGGACAAGGGGAUUGGGAGGAGACCUGGGGAGAAACCUAUUCCAAGAAAAGGAUUCCUGCACUGUUCGUCAUCAACAUCUCCAGUGGUGAAGUUCGACCUGUCAAGCAAAUACCUAGAUCAUUAAGUGUUGGCCAAGUGAUUUGGGCUCCAUCAUCUUCAUAUAGCUUGGUUUUUGUUGCAUGGUCAUCUGACAAUGGGUUCCAAGGGACACCAAGGAAGCUUGGUAUUAAAUACUGCUACAACAGACCAUGUGCUCUGUAUGCUGCUCCUGAUCCUUUCGGACAAGAAGCUGAGAAAUCAUUAACUGAGGGCAAUAAGGGUGAAACUACAACUAUGAUCAAAUUAACAGCAAACCUGAGCAGUGCCUUUUUCCCACGGUUCAGUCCGGAUGGGAAGUAUCUUGUCUUCAUCUCAGCGAAGAGUGCUGUAGAUAGUGGGGCACACAAUGCUACAAAUUCAUUGCAUAGAAUCGAAUGGUGUACAGAUGGAAAACUGGAUGGGAGCCUUGGAGUUGCUGACGUGGUGCCCAUUGUGCUGUGCCCCAAAGAUAACUGUUUUCCUGGGCUAUACUGCUUUGGCUUGCUUAGGGAUCCAUGGCUUACCGAUGGACAAACUAUGAUUAUAUCUUCUGUCUGGGGAAGUAGGGAAGUAAUACUUUCUGUAAAUGUUGUGAGCUGUGAACUUUCAAGAGUGAGUCCCCAGGACUCAGAUUAUUCAUGGAAUGUUCUUGCAGUUGAUAAGAACAACAUUCUUGCAGUUUCCAGCAGCCUUAUUACACUCCCUCAGAUGUACUAUGGGAUUAAGGUUUCUCAGACUGAAAGCAAUUGGGAGUGGCAGGGAGUUUCAACUCCUUUCCCAAAGCCAUCUGAUAAGAUCAGCUCCGUACUAGCAGAGCAUAAGUUCAGCAUACUCAAAAUCCCAAUUAGCAACCCUUCUGACGAACUUGCCAAUGGGGCUAAGCUUCCUUUUGAGGCUAUUUUUGUGUCGCAUAAGGAUUCUGCAAGUAAUCCAACAAUCGUUGUUCUUCAUGGUGGACCACACUCAGUUUAUCCAUCAAGUUAUUCCAAAUCCUUGGCUUUUCUUUUUUCGCAGGGAUAUAAUCUUCUUGUUGUGAACUACAGGGGUUCAUUAGGCUUUGGGGAAGAAGCACUGCAAUCCCUUCCUGGCAAUAUUGGUUCUCAGGAUGUCAAUGAUGUAUUGACGGCAUUGGACCUUGUUAUAAAGAGAGGACUAAUAGAUCCAUCCAGAGUUGCCGUAGUUGGAGGUUCACAUGGAGGUUUCCUGACAACACAUUUGAUUGGCCAGGCUCCAGACACAUUUGUUGCAGCAGCUGCUCGAAACCCAGUAUGUAACUUAUCAUUGAUGGUGGGUACCUCUGACAUCCCUGAUUGGUGCUUUGUCGAGAUUUAUGGAAAAGAAGGGAAAAAGUACUUCUCAGAGUCUCCUUCAGUAGACGAUCUUUGUCAAUUCCACCAGAAGUCACCAAUUUCACAUAUUGCAAAGGUCAAGACACCAACACUCUUUCUUCUUGGAGCGCAAGAUCUCAGAGUUCCUGUUUCUAAUGGCCUGCAGUACGCAAGGGCUUUGAAGGAGAGGGGAAUCGAAACGAAAACUAUUGUCUUCCCAGAAGAUAUCCAUGGAAUUGACAAGCCUCAGUCUGAUUUCGAAAGCUUCCUCAACAUAGGGGUUUGGUUCAAGAAGCACAUGGGCAAAUAAACAUUAGUGCUUCCCAUUACAUUCAUGAUUUACUUUUUCAUUGUUACUAAAUGCCUGUAACCGGGUCAAAGUAUACAUGAUUUGCCUGUCCAAUCUGGUGUUUGCCAAGAUGGAAUAAUUCUUGAAGACAUAUAGAAGCCCGUGUUUAUUCUAGUGUGGAUUCUGGAAUACCAACUGUAGCUAGUUUAUAUAAUAAUCUUCUAAUAAAUGAUGCUUAUGUGUUAAUGUGAAACGGUGCGUGCUUUUGAA